AUGGGGUGGAACUCUUACAAUCAUUAUUCCUGUUCACCCAAUGAAACCAUCAUUCAUAGUAAUGCACAAGCUCUCGUAUCCCUUGGUCUUUCUACCCUUGGCUACCAUUAUGUGACGGUCGAUUGUGGAUGGACACUGCCUGAUCGAACUGCUGCUGGAACACUGACUUGGAGUCCUACGCGUUUUCCAAGUGGAUUUAAGGCCUUGGGAACUUUUAUUCAUGGAUUGGGUUUGGGGUUUGGAGUAUAUUCGGAUGCGGGAGUACAAAUGUGUAUGACGGGCACUCCAGCACAAGUUGGCAGUCUAUUUCAUGAACUGACAGAUGCACAAACCUUCGCGUCAUGGGGAGCAGACCUGCUGAAAUACGAUAAUUGCUAUUCCGACGCUGCAACCGGAUAUCCAAAUGUCAACUAUGCACCCUCAACAUCCCCCGCUUCCCGCUACCAGGACAUGACGAACGCCCUCGCUACUCUCAGCAAACCCAUUCUUUUCCAAAUAUGCGACUGGGGUAUUGAUUUCCCUUCCACAUGGGCUCCAGCCAUGGGAAACAGCUGGCGCAUCACCAAUGACAUCAUUCCCUCUUAUCCCACAAUUCCCCGAAUCCUAAACCAAGCUGUACCACAAACAUCUUUUGCUGGUCCUGGACAUUGGUUAGAUCUUGAUAUGUUGGAGGUUGGGAAUAAGAUCUUUACUACUAUUGAAGAACAGACGCAUUUUAGUUUGUGGGCAAUUUUGAAGAGUCCAUUGGUCAUUGGAGCGGCGUUGAAAGAUGGAGUGACAAGUAUCAGCUCUGCUUCUUUGGCUAUCCUUAGUAAUAAAGAUGUUAUAAGUUAUAAUCAGGAUAGUUUGGGUGCUGCGGCAAGUUUCCGAAGGAGGUGGACAAAGGAUGGAUAUGAAAUUUGGGCGGGACCCUUGAGUGGAAGUCGUACUGUGGUCGCGGUGAUUAAUCUUCAGAAUGCUGCGAAGACGCUUACUUUGGAUCUUUCGGAUGUGGGAUUGCAGAAAGCGAGUACCAUCAAGAAUAUCUGGGCUGGUACAACAGCGACGAAUGUCUUGACUUCGUAUUCUGCGACUGUAGGUGCGCAUGGAACAAUGCUUUUGGAACUUGGGGGGACGACUGUAGCAGGAACAUAUAUUGCUAGCGAUGCUGCUAUUUCUGGUUCAACCAUCACAUUUUCCAAAAUCUACGCCCAAACAUCUAGCUCGAAUUAUACAACCACACUUCACUUCAGCACUUCAUCCACCUCGUCGACAACCCUGAUCAUCGCCUCAAAGCCCUACACUCUCUCCGCCGGCUCAACGUCUCUCGCUAUCCCUUCCAUCUCCUUCAUAGCUUCCAGCACAAAUACCCUCGCCAUAACCUCCUCCUCCACCCUUCUUCCCUCAUCCCUCACCAUCACGCCUCCCCCAUUAGCAUUCUAUUCCUCAUCUGGGAUGAGCACCUCCGGCACCGCCACCCAUGUAACAUGCAGCACAAACUAUUGCGCUCCCAGCGGUACAAAGAUCGGCUACCUAACCCCUAGCGGUUCAGCCGCCAUCACCGUGAAUUCCCCUUCAACAUCCAUCACCACCUCAUCUACCAAGUACCUCUCCAUCUACUUCUGCAACAACGACAUCGCAUUGAGUACAGCUUGGACCACCGGUACCAACACGCGAAACUUAACUAUAAGCGUCAACGGUGUUGUAACACGCGCCGAGUUGCCGCUAAGUGGAAAGAGUUCGGAAUUGUUUGGGACAUUAGGAUGGCAAGAUACGGGGAUUUUUGGUGUGUUGACGAGUGGAUGGAAGGUUGGGAGUAACGUUUUGACGUUUGGGAAUGCGGCGGGUGGAUUGGUGGACUAUGCGGUGGAUUUGGUGGGGGUGGGUGUGUAUUGGUGA